UUGGUCGUCUGUAAGGAAGGUAUUCCGCAUGUUAAAGAGGUGUGAGCAUGCAAACUAAACUCAUCACAUCCAUCUUUUAAGAUCUGAGGGGCACGUAGGCACUCGCUGGUCCAGGUAAGGGUUGUGUAGGGGGUCUUGGGGACGUCAAGAUGAGAUGUAUAACCUUCAUUUGAAGGCGUCCUUUUUAGUUUUACACACACGACUAAGUUUCAAGAAGAUAACGUAAAGAAACGCGAUGCACGAAGGUCUUUUUACGAGUAAUUCUUGCACAUUCAACCCCGGGCUUGAGAAACCAACACGAACUGCAAUCACUGACGCGCCGGAAAAGUAAGGGGCCGUCAACACUUUACAAUUGCAGUGAAAGUGUAGAGACUGUAGUACUUAAACAUUUGUUGAUAGUAUUAACAAAAUACCCAAGGUAUAAAAGUCUUAAACAUUUCACGUUCAAGUGUCAGUCCAAAAAAGUCCAAACGAUCUUCUUAAUUGUACAGUUCUUAAUCAAUUAGACCAUUAUCGUAUUCCCCUCCACGUUAAUAUUGGAACUUUUAAGAUUAUCCCUAGAUACACUCUCACUAGACCAGAUAGGAAUGGAAAAGUUGUCCGAAUUAUUAUCUUAAUUGCGAUCCAUGGGCUCGUUUAAGGGCUGACAGUUAUGUGUUCAAACGUUCGUGUUUUUUCCCAUACGUUACCUUAAAAAAAAGUCUGGUAAAAUACACAAACGCGAAACGACUGUUUUGCCUGCCCACACCGUGCGUAGCUGUUUCAGUUCCGGGUGUUUGUGGCUCCUCUUGUCGGCUCCCCUUUUGGCGUAAAAGCGCAGGGGUGUCACCUUGCCACCCUUCGCGUAAAAGCGCAGGAGUGUCACCCUGCAGACAAGGGCCGGCCAGUCCUUCGUUAGCGCAGCUUGUGCACUUUCAGACGGCAUGGCAGCGUCGCUGCUGUCCGAGACGGAGAUCAGACACCGAUCUAUGGCAGAGGAGGACCCGAACGGGAACGAGCACGGAGCGGCCGCCCGCAGCAGCGCGCCACGCUGGGGACCUCAGCACGCCGGGGCCCGCCAACUCGCCACCCUGUACUCUCCGGGGAAGCGUCUGCAGGAGUGGAUCUGUGUAAUUUUGUGCCUCUCGCUCUUCUUCAUCAACUUUAUCUUCCUCCUCAUCAACUUCUCCACGGCGCACAUCUCCAGAAUCAUCUUUGGCAUCGUGGCUGGCAUCAUGACCGCAGAUUUUGCCUCUGGGCUCGUCCACUGGGCGGCAGACACCUGGGGCUCCGUGGACAUCCCCGUCAUCGGCAGGGCGUUCAUCCGUCCGUUCCGCGAGCACCACAUUGACCCCACUGCCAUUACCCGCCACGACUUCAUCGAAACCAACGGGGACAACUGUAUGAUCACCAUCCCGCCUCUCGCCCACAUGGCCUGCAGGUUCUGGUCCAGCACGCCAGAUGCCCUUCCUGAAUCCUACCCCUGGGACUGUUUCGUCUUCGCACUGGCCAUCUUCGUCACUAUGACUAAUCAGAUCCACAAGUGGUCCCACUCCUACUUUGGCUUGCCGCGCUGGGUCACCCUGCUGCAAGACUGCCACCUAGUGUUACCCCGGAGGCAUCACCGGAUCCACCACGUGUCACCUCACGAGACCUACUACUGCAUUACGACAGGUUGGCUUAAUUACCCACUGGACUGGUUGGGAUUCUGGAGGAGGUUGGAGUGGCUGGUCGAGCGCCUAACAGGACAGAAGCCACGCAGUGAUGACAUGGCCUGGGCCAAGAAGAUGGAGUGAGGCCCACCACGGGGAUCUCCUCCACCCUUCACACUUCUCCUCCUCCACCUGUCGCACUUCUCCUCCAUAAGCACUGUUCUAAAGCACUGUUCCAUCCCUCGCUCACCUGCUCCCUCCCUCCAUCGCUCCAGGCUUCUCUCUCUCCACACGGCAUUCCAGAAUCCCUCUCGACCUUCAGUAGUCUCCAAGGUCUCCAACCACAGUCCUCACAUGUCCCUCCUCCCGAAGAUUCUCAGCCAGACACAGGUUGCAAAGGAAAUGGCACAGGCCAAUAGCAUGACACGGAAGGCGGACCCCAGCUCUGCAGGGCCAACAGCAUGAUGCGCUUCGUUAACGCCACUCUGAACUCCACCUCCCUGCGUUCACUCUCCACGGUCUCCAGCCUCCAUCACUCUCUCAGAUGUCUGAUCUUGUAUGUCCACGGACAUCCUCUGGAGGUUGGGCUCUCCGGGGGUGGGGGAAUUCUUUUUUUUAAUUUACUUAUUUAUUUAUCUAUCUAUCUAUUUAUUUAUUUAUUUAUUUGCUCAUGAUGUUGCCAUCUGUUUUGGGUCUAAUGAGAAGCGGGUUCUUCUGUCUCAGGACGUCCUCUGGUCAGACGGGAUUCAGACACGUGCCUGAAACAGAACCCUGCUUGGGAUUCUACUUCCUGCGUUUUGAGCCGAAGGGUGACGGGGAAGUUCAAACCGCAGGGAAAGGGUUCGGUUGGCUAGCAGGCGCCAGGGCGCCAACCAGACGUUUUCCCAGAUCAUGUGAGCCCAGCAUGCACUGCCCUUAAACACAUCUGUUCCAUGUUCUGGAGAUUCCGCGUUCCAUGUUCUGGGGAUGAUGCGCUCUGGGUGAGAGCAGCCAACCCGAGUUUCGACUAACUUUCAUAAUGGCUUAACCUGAUUUCAAAACACAGAAUUAAAAAGAAAAUCUUGCACUCAAUCACUUUGGAUUUGGAGAGGCAGUGCCACAUUUGGAGCCAUUUUCUCUUCUUUUUUUAUCUGUCCAAACAACGUUCUUAUGCCAACAACCAACUGCCGAAAUGCAGUCCUACGACCCAGUCCAGAAGAGACCGUGUGACCUUCGACCCGCGCUCUGCCCGGUCAGCCAGUAGCAGUGCUGAAAGAGGAAGCACCGGACUAAACCCGUGACACUGACAGACAGUGAAAGGUUACAAGGUUAACAUUUGGACUACACUGAUCUUAUGGUAGUCUAAUGUUAGGGUAACGUUAGCCGCGCUUUUAUCGAACAUUUAGCGGUUCAAAUGAGGAUUUUACAGUAAAAGGUCCAGUUAAAUUAUCAUUAUAUGAAAAUAUAAUGCAGGCUUUAUGCGAGAAAUAUUUUUAACCAAAUGUUCUUUACGCUUAAUUUAACCAGUUAUAUUUAUUCAUAUAAAUUGAGAUAAAAGUAACCAAAUAUUUCUCCAUACCAUUUAACCUUCUGCCUACACACACACACACACACACACAUAUACACACACACAUAUACACACACACACACACACACACA